UUUGCUGGCCGUAGCGGGGUUGUGCGUUUUUGCGAUUUUUCCUUUCAAUCGGCGUGAGUGAGGGUCCUUUGUGACAAGAAAAUUUAGUGUUUUCCACUCUUAAAUUGUGAUUGAUGCAUUUGGUGGAUAAGUCAAUCGGUGGAUAAAGGUUUGUGCCGAGCAAAAGCUGCUAGCUUUUGAAGCGUAGGGAAAAAGUGCGGAAGUGAGUUCUGUGCAUCUGGAGAUGAGCACUGCAAAGUUGGCUCCAGCAGUGAUAAUGACAACGACGGAAACGGCCGCCGCCAAGGCCCCACAGCAAACGGGAUCCACCUCGUCGGGGUCGCAGUCCCAGCAGCAGCAACGUUUAUACGGGAAAAUCGUUCUAACGUUGGAAAACUGCUUGCUCCCAGAGCCGAAGCUCGAUUUGACGCCCUCGCAAGCGGACGGUUUAGAUCGAGAGACGGAAAUCGAUUUGCGAAUACUGGGCUGCGAGCUGAUUCAGACCGCCGGAAUACUGCUGAAGUUGCCACAGGUGGCGAUGGCAACCGGGCAGGUGCUGUUCCAGCGCUUCUUCUACUCAAAGUCCUUCGUCCGGCACAGUAUGGAAGCGACGGCGAUGAGCUGCGUUUGUCUGGCAUCUAAAAUCGAAGAAGCUCCCCGCCGUAUCCGGGACGUCAUCAACGUGUUCCAUCACAUCAAACAGGUCCGCGGACAGAAACCUCUGAUUCCGAUGAUCUUGGAUCAGCACUAUAUCAACCUAAAGUCACAGGUGAUCAAAGCGGAAAGACGAGUCCUAAAGGAGCUUGGAUUCUGCGUGCACGUGAAGCAUCCUCACAAGCUGAUUGUCAUGUACCUGAAGUACCUGGAGUUGGAAAAGCAUCAGAACAUGAUGCAGAUGGCGUGGAAUUUCAUGAACGACUCAUUUCGGACGGAUGUUUUCGUACGGUACCAACCAGAGACAAUCGCUUGCGCGUGCAUCUAUCUGACUGCCCGGAAGUUGAACAUUCCGCUUCCUAACAACCCAUCGUGGUUCCUAAUAUUCCGGGUUAGCGAAGAUAAUAUGUUGGAUGUUUGCUAUCGGAUAAUGGCUCUGUACAAAAGAUCGAAACCAAAUGCUGAAUUGUUGGAAGAAGCGGUGGAGAGUCUCAAGAAAAAGUAUCAAGAUCAGAAAAAGAAGGAUCGAUCCGAUACGAAUACCCCGCCAGCGGUGGUAACCGUCGAUCGGAACAACGGAUCCCACAACGCGUGGGGCGGUUUCAUCUCACGAGCUCUCCCCGUGACAGCCAGCGGGGACAACAAUGGGAACAACAACACCGAAAAAGACCGGAAAAAGUCACACUCAAAAUCGCGAUCACGUUCGCCACGAUCCCGAUCAAGAUCGCACUCUCGCUCGCGUACACCCUCACGGUCACGUUCCCGCUCACCGUCCAGAUCGUCGCGUUCGAAAUCUCGCUCUCCUCGGUCGAGGACCCCGUCACGCUCGCGCUCCCGGUCACGAUCCUCCCCUACGAUACAUUCGCCAUCGCACUACAACGACAAGAGCGGUUCGCGAAAAGGCAAAAAGACUCGCCAUCGAUCGCGGACACCGUCGAAGUCGUCCAGCAAAAAGAAGUCCAAGCACUACUCGCGUUCGCGCUCGCCUACACCCGAAUCACCACCAAAGUACAAAAAGAGCGGCGAAAAGAAAUACGACCGCCGACGAGACGACCGAGACGGACGCGACAAUCGGUACAUCAACGGAAGCGAUCGCGAUCGCUCGUCGAAGGUUGAUCGGGAAAGGGAACGGGACCGGAAUCGUGAUCGUGAACGACACCGGGACAAAAGUGGCUACGAUCGUGACGACUAUCGAAAGGACCACCGCAGUAACCACGGGAAUGGCGACAAACGGGACAAGUAUAGUAGCAGUAGUCACCGACAUGGCAGCAGUAACGAUCGACAUAGAUCUACGAAGCACGGGGACCGGGACCGAGAUCGUAGAAGAUAAGAUGAUGUUGCUGUACUUGGUCGGGUGUUUUUUUUUUCAAGUUACGGAUAUGCCAUUUUAGAGAGAAUUUUUCUUGUUCUUAUCAUUUUGUAAGAGUUUCAAUUUUUUAUUUUGGUUCACGAACAAACAUGAUCCGUUGUGUAGAUAGUACCAGAUGAUUGAUGUAAAAAUAUGAUAUGAUCACAUUGAGCUUUAAAUUGACACAUUUUUUUUGCAUUCAAAUCAUCGACCUACGAAAAUGGUUACAUUCAAAUGGAGUAUAAUUGUUUUUCAAUUUUAGAAGAGAAAUACCGGAGUGAUAAAGAUUUUCUCCUUACUCAAUCUCGCUAUCACGAGUUCGUAAGAUAACUGUGCCGGUAAACUUUGGGCAUGUGUAUAAAUUUUCUCACUUUACACUGAAAGUAGUGAAGAUAAAACUAAAAUAAAAUAGUUUCAAAUGGAAGU